AUCGAUCAAUUGUUUGGGUGCAACAGGCAAGUUGUCCGACUUGCCCAUGCGCAGAAUCCAUCACACACUUAACGGAAUGCUAUCUCGAGCAAAAGCACUUCAAUUGGAACGACGAGGCAUUCAUUUCUCAGCAUUCCCAUAGCCUACACGCUAAACGCCCCUCCCUCCGGCUUCUAUAUGAUCCACAUGCCUGAUCCACGCCCACUAGUCCUAACGUAAAGUUAGGCUGGCGUAAUCCCAACUUCGUCACGAACCUGACAAUAACUUCAUCAGUUUCCCAGUGUUAUUUAUAGUGAGCGACACUUCUUUCUCAUCUCCCUUUCAAACGUUUGUACGACCUUUCAGACGUGUUGAAUCGACAUUGCGCCGCUGCAGAUUGAAGGGACCUAUCCGAGUCGUCAUGUAUAUGAAGUCGCUUUAUCCGCCUGUGCCACCCAUCCCGGACGAGAAUCAUCACUAUUGGAUGUCAGGAAUACGAGGACAAGAUAAUAUCGCUGAUUAUGUUCUUCAUAUCGAUGCUUUGUCUGGACGCGUAAGGACCAGGAAGGAAUUCAAUGAACUUGUGCUGGACGGUGCAACUGCUCUUGGCGCGCCUGUGGCUCAAGGUGGUCUUGGCUUGAGCGGAGAAGCUGGCGAUAUCGUUGGUGUAUACAGUACGAACUGCUUGGAUUACAUCCCUUUGAUGCACUCGCUCAUUGCUAUCGCUACUCCAUUCGCUCUCAUAUCGUCGUUCUCAACGCCAUUUGAAUUGUCCCAUGCCCUUCGAACUGCGAAGCCUACUCGACUCUUCGUCCAGCCAAAUUUGUUGUCAAAAGCACUUUCUGCUGCAUCGGAGAUAGGUUUACCUUCAGACCGUAUUUAUGUCCUCGAAGGUCACGUAGAGGGCCGGAGAAGCUUUGCGGACAUGGUUCACUACAUCAGGGAGAACAAGACUGCGCGGGAACCUGUGAGGGCUGUUACCAAAGAUACCCUUGCUUACCUUGUCUUCUCAAGUGGGACAAGCGGCCUACCUAAAGCCGUCAUGAUCUCACACGGCAACUUAUGGUUCACAAUCCAAGCAUACAUUGUUGUGCUACAAGAACAACUCAAACAUACACAACAAGUUCCGCCUUCCACAAUCAGUCGUAUGCUCGCCGCACUUCCGUUUCAUCAUUCGUACGGUCUCCAUAUGUUCUGCCUACGAGGUUUCCUUUUCCCCAUGACCUAUGUCAUUCUGCCGAAAUGGGGUACGAAGUCGGUUCUCGAGGCGAUAUCGAAGUACAAAGUCACGGUGUUUCCAAUGGUUCCUUCUAUGCUCCAUCAGCUAGUAAAUUCCAAGUUACUUGAUAAAGCGGAUUUGAGUUCCGUUCAACAGGUUAUGUGCGGCGCCGCGGCUACCCCUGGCGAUCUAGUUAAGAAAUUGAGGAAAUCUGUUCCGGGCUUUCAAGAGUUUAUGGAAGGAUAUGGCUUAUCUGAAGUGACCGUAUCCGCUUGUUUGAAGCCCCCUCCUGGUAUAUACGGUCUAGAGUCAAUCAUGGGGUCAUGCGGUACCCUUCUGCCGGGUAUGGAAGCGCGGUUGGUGAAGGACGACGGCUCAGAGGCAGGCGUGAAUGAGCCUGGUGAAAUCUGGUUACGCGGUGGAAAUGUUGCUCUUGGAUAUUAUGGUGAUGAACAGGCGACCAAGGAGACCUUCGUUGAUGGUUGGCUACGCACAGGCGAUAAGUUGAAGACAGAUGGCCGCAACAUUCUUUACUUUGUUGAACGGGUCAAAGACACUCUAAAGAUCUCCGGAGUCCAAGUAUCCCCAACGGAGAUUGAGAACGUCAUCCGUGCACACCCAGGAAACUUAAUUAUGGAUAUCUCCGUGGCUGGCGUCUCAGGAGGUCGGACAUCUGACGAAAAGGUUCCCAGAGCAUGGGUUGUUCUCAGCGACGAAGGUACCAAUCUGGGUGCAGAGAAGACCUUGAAGACGUUGCAGCAGUGGGUGGAGAAGAAUCUUAGUCGGUACAAAUGGCUGAGAGGCGGACUAGAAGUCGUGGAUGAGAUACCCAAACUUCCAACUGGGAAGGUUCUGCGCCGUGUCUUACAGGACCGUUAUGAACAACGGCUCAGAUUGCCAGUACCAUCCAAAGCGAGACUUUAAAGUCUUAUCAUACCCUGAGCUUUUAUGUAUCUUCUGCGCUAUUUCGUAUUGUCUGUAGAUAGCGAAUGUAUUGAUUACGAUGUACACACUACUAGAAGCCUUGACUCGAUCAUGUGCUC